AUGGGUGGUACAGUAGGAAUGAACUAUCGUUCAUUCAAGGAUGACGUGGUAGUCAUAAUGAAAAGAAAGUUACCACUCAUUGGAGUAAGGAGGUGGUCGUACAUACACCCUACCAUACAUCGACUCAUUGUUGCAGAUAUGAUAGAUAGAUGGGAUCUAGAAGAUACACCUGACACAGAAGAAAAGGUACUCACAAUUGCGAAAGAGCGGUACAGAGGCUGGCGAUCAACUCUAAGCUCCACUUACAAGGCAUACAAAACAGAUGCAGCUAGAUUGGCUAAUCUACCGGAAGAUUUACAACCAGAAGAAUGGGAAUGGAUGAUUGAGUACUUUGGCACUGAUUUAAAAUUCCAGGAACGCAGCCAAAAGAACACCGAUAACCGUAAGAAACAGAAGACAAAACACAGAAUUGGAUCAAAAUUUUACUCGCAAAGAAACCCGGAAACUAGAGAAGAGCCAGAUUGUAUUACUCUGUGGGAACUCACCCACACGAAGAAUGGAACAUGA